CUACAAACCUAACUGGAUAUGGUCGCAGCCACAACCUAACGGUAAAUUUCAACUGAUGGCGUCGAUAUCUCUUCGUGAUGACGCCCAUUCCAAGGCCUCCAAACCCCUAUUUAUACGCACUUUGUGCUCCAAGAAGACCCCAUCUCACCUGAUCUCUCUGAUCUCUCUCUCUCUCUCUCUCUCUCUCUUCUCUUUCACAGACAAAUACCAUACACUUAUUCCAAGCUAGCUAAGAUGGAGUCAUGCAGUGACACAAACACAAUAAACACAACCACUUCAUCAACCCCUCUCUCUCACUCUCCUUCUUCAUCAUCUUCUCCUCCUCCUCCGUCUCCGACGGUUAUUCUAAGCCCUUGUGCUGCGUGCAAGAUUUUGAGGCGACGGUGUGCGGAGAAAUGCGUGUUGGCACCUUACUUCCCUCCGACCGAGCCAGCCAAGUUCACCAUCGCUCAUAGGGUGUUUGGUGCCAGCAACAUCAUCAAGUUCUUGCAGGAACUCCCAGAAUCCCAGAGGGCAGACGCAGUGAGCAGCAUGGUUUACGAGGCGAGCGCAAGGAUCAGAGACCCAGUUUACGGGUGCGCGGGCGUGAUAUGCCAGCUCCAGAAGCAGGUUAACGAGCUGCAGGCGCAGCUAGCCAAGUCACAGGCGGAGCUGGUCAACAUGCAAUCCCAGCAAGCCCACCUUGUAGCCCUGAUUUGCAUGGAGAUGUCACAAUCUCCACAAGCAUCGCCUCAACAAUCCCUUCAUCACCAUCAUGAUCAUGACUUCACCACUACUACUACUGCUACUAGUGUUCCUCACAGCUACAUGCAGACCAAUCCUUGCUUCCUUGACGAUAACAACAAUCUAGGCUCGAUUUGGGAUCAGCCUCUUUGGACAUGAUCAUGAUGAUCGAUCAGAUUGAGUCAUGAUAUAUAAUCUAUAAUUAAGGUAGCCGUAUUUGAAAACUCCUUCUCCUAAGGAGAAGUAAGGACAUUGAAUUAAUAAGAAAAAAAAAAAAAAAAUUAGUGUAUGAACAAAAGUGGAGGGAAAAAUGUAAGUUUAGGAUCUAAUCUCUUUGUUAAGGCUAGGCAAAGUAGAUGGGUCUUUUUCCCUCCGUGUAAUCUUGCAAUAGUGGAGAGAAAGAGAUAUGUUCGUUCUAAGUCCAUAUAUAUGUAAGAUGAUUAUUGGAUCUUCAA